CCUUGGAAGCAUUUUCUGGAUGCGGUUGCCGACAUCUAUAACGAUUGGAGAAUUGAAUGGGUGAAAAGUAUCGGCAAUGUUACAGACGACUUCAAGAAUGAGUUUGUGCCAAACUACUACAGCCUUCUAGAAGGAUUUUAUGCUCAGCACGAUGGGCCUUAUCUCUUUGGCGAGAGGAUCACUUACGCAGAUUUUGCCAUAUAUCAGUCUAUCCACAACAACACAAAGAUUGGCGGGUCGUUUAAAGCGGCGUUCGAAGCUCGGCCUAAUAUUGUAGCGUAUCUUGUGAGCAGCGAUGCUUGA